AUGACUGAACAGGAUGUGGAUAUGAUGUUACGGCCAAUAUUCGGUUUUGGUGACCCCGAUUACCCCCAGAUAUACGAACGUAAACAAUUGGAGGCCUAUUGUAAUCAGAAACAGAACAAGGGUGCAGAAUCUGAUAUUAAUAACAUAUUACAAAAGUUGUAUGGUAAAAGUCCAAGUGCUGCCAAAUUUAUCAAGUUUGGAUACGAAUUGGUUCAGUCAUAUAACCUGACGUGCGAUAGAAUAGCGAACGGAACUCUGGACGAGUGGUUACCCUAUUAUAAAGAAGUACACGAUAUGAAUGCAAACAUGAAACCAAUCAGAGAUGGCUAUACGCGGGCAAUGGUAGCCGCGGCUAAACCCGAUUCAAAGUACACUUUGAAUGAUAUCAUGUGCGAAAUGAGCGAGCUGGAAUUUGACAAUUUGAUACGUCCGGUAAUUGGCUAUGGUGACAUGGAUUACCCGACGUAUCACAAACGCGAACAAUUAGAGGCAUAUUUUAACAGUUUCAACCGCGGCCUCGUAUGCGACUGGUCUAACAUACCGGCCCCUAACGGAUCGCAUGUCAAAUCACCGACUCUUCUCACAGCUAAAGCUUUGGCCAAUUUAGACAAUAAAAACAAAGUCAUCCCGGGCACAAUGACCGAGGAAAAAUUGGACAAAGUGUGUGCCAGCAUGGUCGGUUUCGGUGACCCGGAGUAUCCACAGGUUUAUAAACGUGAACACUUGGAGAACUUCUGUAAACAGUUAUGA